UUGAUUCUACCAAAAAAAAAAAAAAAAAACUGUUGAAAUUGAACCUGUUGAGAGAGGGUAGCGUUCGAGUUUUAGUUGGUGGUGAAUAUGGCGAACGGUGGUGGAAAGGUUUCUUUCAAAGUCACUCUCACUUCCGAUCCAAAACUACCCUUCAAAGUUUUCAGUGUUCCUGAAGCUGCACCUUUUACCGCCGUUCUCAAAUUUGCAGCUGAAGAAUUCAAAGUUCCCCCACAGACCAGCGCUAUUAUCACCAAUGAUGGUGUUGGGAUAAAUCCUCAGCAGAGUGCAGGAAAUGUCUUCCUUAAGCAUGGUUCAGAACUACGUCUAAUUCCGCGUGAUAGAGUUGGUGCAUCUGACAUGUUUCGGGAUGUCUGAGCUGAAUGCUUCCUUUAUCUAUCUUGGCUGUUUUAGUUCAAUACCGGUGCUUUAUUUAUAUCAUGUAGUCGAUAUUAAGAGUGUCCUUUAGACAGAAAAAGUUUAAUCCAAUAAUGAAUAGCCUCCACCUCCUCCCAUAGUGACUAUGUUUGUAAUGGAGGAUUGUGCAAAGAUUGUUCAGCAUGUGAGUUUGUAAUGGAAAUAGGGGAAAAUAUAUCUUCUUGCUAUUGAAAAGAUUAUCGUCUGAUCUGCAACAUCGAAA